AUGGAGCGACUUAUUGACAUUGUUCAUGUUCAAGAUACUAGUGCUCCAUCUCUAAAGGAGGCAAUUGUUAAUUUACUUGCUCAACAUUCUUUGAGUCCAUCAAGUGUGCGUGGACAAUGUUAUGAUGGGGCAAGCAAUAUGCAAGGUGAGAUCAAUGGCCUUAAAAUUUUGAUUAGGCAAGAAAGUAGAUCGGCUCAUUCCAUUCAUUGUUUUGCUCAUCAACUUCAACUAACUCUUGUUGGGGUCUCUAAAAAGUAUGUUGAAGUGGGAAAACUUGUAGUAUUGGUCUCAAAUAUUUUAAAUGUAUUGGGAUCAUCUUUUAAACGUAUGGAUGAAUUACGUGAUUCUCAAAAAGAAAUAAUUAAAGAGGCAUUAGAUAUGGGUGAACUUACAACCGGUAGGGGCUUGAAUCAACAACUUGGUCUUUCAAGAGCUUGUGACACUCGUUGGGGAUCUCAUUAUAAAUCCUUUAAUAAUUUUAUUAUUAUGUUUGGCUCUAUUCUUGAUGUUCUUGAAUCACUUGCUCUUGAUGCACGAAAUUUGGAUGAAAGAGCUAAGGCAAUGGGACAUCUCGAAGCUUGUCGAACAUAUGAGGUUGCUUUCAUGUUGCAUUUGAUGAGAGAUGUUUUAGGAAUUACAAAUGAGCUUAAUAAAUGCUUACAAAAAAAAAGGAGCAAGAUAUUGCAAAUGCCAUGCUACUUGUUGAAGUAG